GAAUAUCCACCACCACCAAGAGAAAAAUCCACUAGUACACCAAAGCGUUGACAUUUCAGUUGUUAUUCUGGAUUUUCCCGUUUCUACUGUCUUACCAUUACGAACGUGUAGGGCAGGUUCCACAAGAAAGAAAGAAAAGAAAACCAUAUAAAGCAGCACCAACACUCUUGUACAUCACGCUUCAAUUGUUUGUGCCUUGCAGAACUCCAAAUAUUGUCCAGUUUGACCGGGUUUUCCUCAGGUUUGUGACUUUGUUCUCCCAAUACAGGGGUCAUGCAGGGAACUGUAACAUGCGGGUCAUGGAUCCGGAGACCUGAGAACUUGAAUCUUGUUGUGCUUGGCAAGUCAUCGAAGAAGAGAGAGUCUGCUUCUCGGUCUGUGCUUGAGAUCUUCUCUUUUGAUCCCCAAACAGCUUCUCUCUCAAACUCUCCUCAGGUAACUUAUGUGUUUGAAGAGACAGAAGGUGAACCAGUGACAAUUGCAGUGCAUCCAAAUGGAGAUGAUUUUGUGUGUUCUACAAGUAAAGGUGGAUGCAAAUUACUUGAGUUGUCUGGUCAAGAAACAAAUUUAAAGUUGUUAGCCAAAGAACUACCUCCUCUCCAAGAUGUUGGUCCACAGAAUUGCAUGGCUUUUAGUGUUGAUGGGUCUAAAUUUGCCACUGGUGGGGUGGAUGGGCGUGUAAGAAUUUUGAAGUGGCCGAGUUUGCGCAUCAUUUUGGACGAAGCAAAAGCACACAAUUCUGUCAGGGAUAUGGAUUUUAGCCUGGAUUCAGAGUUCCUAGCUUCAACAUCUACUGAUGGGUCAGCAAGAAUAUGGAAAGCAGAAGAUGGUUCAGCUGUGGCUACUUUGACUCGCAACUCAGAUGAAAAGAUUGAAUUGUGCCGAUUCUCCAAGGAUGGGACGAAACCAUUUUUAUUUUGUGCUGUGCAGAAAGGUGACAAAGCUGUCACUUCAGUUUAUGAUAUAAGUACAUGGAAAAAGAUUGGGUAUAAGAGGCUACUUAGAAAGCCUGCUGCCAUUAUGUCUAUCAGCCUGGACGGGAAAUAUCUUGCUCUAGGAAGCAAAGAUGGAGAUGUCUGUGUAGCAGAAGUAAAGACAAUGGAGGUUUCCCACUUGAGUAGGAGGCUGCACCUGGGUACAUGCAUUACAUCUCUGGAGUUCUGUCCCAGUCAAAGGGUUGUGCUUACUACUUCCAAUGAAUGGGGAGCAGUGGUAACUAAGUUGAAUGUUCCUGCAGAUUGGAAAGAGUGGCAGAUUUAUUUGGUUCUCGUAGGACUGUUCCUGGCGUCUGCUGUUGCAUUUUACAUUUUCUUUCAAAACUCUGAUUCAUUUUGGAAAUUUCCACUUGGAAGAGAUCAGCCUGGAAGGCCGAAGUUUGAAAUUUUGGAUCCACAGUACUCUGAAGAUGCAUUUGGGCCUCUAGAUAUGUGAAAUUUUUUUAGCACGAUGACCAGAAGGCAAAAUAAGCACUGCCAUUCUCAAGGUGUUUAAGAUUCUUCAUUUGAUCCAUUGUAACAUCCAGUUUGAGUAUUUUUUAAGAAAAAGUAGCAGAGUAGGUUGCUUCUCUGUUUUCUUUUUGUUUCUUUUUUCUUCUCCCCUUGUUACUUGAAUAAUGUAAACUCACAGAAAUUGCAACAGGAAAAAGAAAACUGAGUCUUGACUGGAAAAAGAAAA